UCGGUAUUCGCGGCGAGUGCGGUGUCGGUCGCCAGUCGCUCGUCUGGCGCGCGAGUGUUUGCGUGUUUCUGAACGCACGGUGAUAAUGUCAGCGCGGUGACCGCGCUUUCUCGUACGCGGUAAGGCGGGAAAAGUUCCCGCCCACAACGCAACAAAAUAUUUUCAGACGCUAAUAAGCUGGCGAGCGGCGGGGCUGCUGGUCGUGGAUUAUUCUGCUACCACUGCCCGCCGAGCCUGCCGCCGCACCAGCAUCGCCUGCCUACACUGGAGUACCCGUUCACUGCUUCACAUCCUUAUACAAGCUACUCCUAUCACCCGGCGAUACACGAUGACACUUUCGUUCGUCGAAAACAACGGAGAAAUCGCACUACUUUUACAUUACAACAGUUGGAGGAGCUGGAGACUGCGUUCGCGCAGACACACUAUCCUGACGUUUUCACACGAGAAGACCUCGCUCUCAAAAUCAAUCUAACUGAAGCCAGAGUACAGGUCUGGUUUCAAAAUCGACGGGCGAAAUGGCGGAAAGCGGAAAGGUUAAAAGAAGAACAACGGAAGAGGGAGGGCGCUGAGGUGAUGGCGAAACGAGACCUCGCCGACGACAAGGGUUCUUCAGAAUGUGGCAUGUCUCGCGGAUCAGGGGACGCGUCGCCAAUGUCCGCGGGCGUAUCGCCUCGCGCAUCUCCGCCCGUCACCCCGGGCUCGCCGCGCCGCUCACCGCACCGUUCGCCUAACAGGUCUCCGAGACACGAUAGGUCGGAGGCGAGCUGCGCCUCACCAGCGCCGUCUGUGGGCAGCGCUGGCUCCCGGGAUGCGCCACCGGAGCCGCGGCCUGCGCAUCAUAUAUUUUCACCGUUUGACCAUGGCGCAUUCCGUUCGUCUCCGGCGAGCAGUGCUGACGCUCCCGCUCCCCCUCCGCCGCUGUUCCUGCCCCCUCACCUGUCGCAUCUCUCUCAACACUUGAAUCAUUUAUCGCAGCCAUUCUUCCCUUUAAAAGGCUGGGGCGCUCCUUGUCCGUGCUGUCCUAAAGAGGAGGCGCGGUCGUCCAGCGUAGCUGAGCUCCGACGCAAGGCGCACGAACACUCCGCCGCGUUGCUGCAGUCGUUAGCAAAUUUCCAAUCACGCGCUUUUCAGCUGCCACUGCCGUUACCACCGUUACCGCUGCCAUUGUUGCACGAGCCACCGUCUACUGCGCCACCACCGGACCCACCGAAGCACUUAGAAUAAGAAAGCUUACUUAGUUGCUGCACUUCAAUAUUAGCUCGCGAAGAUUCUAAAUUUAAAUCUUCUCUAAUCAGGAAAGAUGCAGAGAUAUGGAAAAUAA